CGCAGAGAGCGGCGCAUUGCAUCAUCUCUCAUCGCACAGGUCGAAAUUCGAGCUGCAAUCUAUGGUUCGACUGGUUGUCGCAAGCCGAUUGAAGCCGCUUCUUCACGCACCAGCUCGAUCAUCCGCUGCUGCGAUCAGCUGUGGGAAUUUGUCCCGAGGAUUGUGCAGUUUUCGUGGGGGGAGCAGGAUUGUGAUUCAGACGAUUCCGAACGCAGGUCUCGUUCUCGGCAGCAGCCGCCGUAGAAUUAGAGCCAUGGCUUACAAUGGCAAGCAGUUCCCUACCCAGACUCAGACUUCGCAACCCGGCAAGGAGCACGAGAUGGACCCUGCUCCCCGACUCCGCCCUUACCAGGGCGCUAACAAGCUCAAGGGAAAAGUGGCUCUGAUCACCGGCGGAGACUCGGGAAUCGGCAGAGCGGUGGCAUAUCUGUUCUCGAUCGAGGGCGCAACCGUGGCCUUCACUUACGUGCCGGGCGACGAGGAGAAGGACGCCGAGGACACCGUCGACAUAAUCAAGAAGAAUAAAUGCUCCGAUGCGAAAGAUCCGCUUAAAAUCGCCAUGGACCUCGGGUUCGAUGACAACUGCAAGAAGGUCGUGGACCAAGUCGUCAAGACGUAUGGCAAGAUCGAUAUAUUAGUCAACAACUGCGCCGAGCAGCACAUGUGUGAGAAUUUCGAGGACAUCGAUCCCAGCCAAGUGGAGCGCACCUUCCGCACCAACAUAUUUUCCUACAUGUUCAUGGCUCGCCACGCUCUGAAGCACAUGUCCGAAGGCUGUAACAUUAUCAACACAACUUCCAUCAAUGCGUACAAGGGAAACUCCACGUUGAUCGACUACACGACCACCAAGGGGGCGAUCGUCGCCUUCACUCGAGCAUUGGCCCUUCAUCUCGCUCCACGAAAGAUCCGCGUCAACGGUGUUGCACCGGGGCCAAUCUGGACUCCAUUGAUUCCCGCUUCGUUCGACGAGACGAGCGUCGAGUUGUUCGGGGAGAAAACUCCCAUGGGUCGCGCAGGGCAGCCCGACGAGGUUGCCACCUCGUACGUCUUCCUAGCAUCGGAGGAUGGCUCUUACUUCUCCGGCCAAGUGCUGCAUCCAAACGGUGGAACGCCCGUGAAUGCUUAGGCGAUUCUGGAGUCUGUAUCUAUCUAUCGCAGUGUGGCUACCUCGAUGACGACGGCAGGAAGUAUUGCGAUGCAUUUCUGCGAACACAGUGUGAAAAAUUCAUCUCUACUUUGUACAGUUCGAUUGAUAAUUAAAAAGGCCA